CCGCUUCGGUUUCCGCUGCUUGCGCCGCACUUUACUUGCAGUUCCGGAGGAGUAGGUUCUCCGAUCGGGGCGUCGAGAGCCGGCGGCGCGCGGCGGGGACCGAGAGGAGAGGGAUCGAGGUCCUCUGCGGUCAUGCGCACCAAGCACCUCAUCCCGAACCACGCCGCGGGGCUCACCUACGCGGCGCGCGACCACGCCGCCCGCGAGGACUUCGGCGGUGGCGACGGCGGCGGCGACCCGUUCGAGGGCUUCCCGGACGCGGUGCUCGGGCUGAUCGCGUCCAAGCUGCCCUUCCGGUCCGCGGUCGCCGCCUCCGCCAUCUCGCGCCGGUGGCGCGGCGCGGCCGCCGCCGCGCCCGCGCUGGACAUCGACUUCGCCGCGGCGUUCCCCGCCGCGCCGCGCCGCAGGGCGGCGUUCGCGGCCGCCGCCACCGCCGCGCUGGCGCCGCCGAGCCCGAGCCCGCACCCGCACCCGCACCCGCUCCGCAGCCUCCGGCUCGCGCUCGAGGGCCUCUUCGACCAGGCGUUCGCCGCCGCCGCGGCCGGCCACCUCGCCUCGUGGCUCGCCGCCGCCGCCGCGCGCGGCUUGGAGCGGUUGGAGCUCCGCCUCCCGCGCUCCCGCCUCGCCGUGCUCCCGCCCUCCCUCCUCGCCUGCACCGGCCUCACGUCCCUGACGCUGCGCCUCGACCACUACGCGCUCCCUCUCCCUUCGCUCGCCCCAUUCACCCGCCUGUCCCGCCUCCACCUCGCGUCCGUUUCGCUCACCGGGGACGAUGAUUUCUUCGGGGACCUCCUCUCGCACUGCACCGAGCUCCGCUACCUCAUCCUGGAACAAUGCCGCAUUGUUGCGCUCCGCCUUGUCGGUCCGUCGCGGCUGCGCUCGCUCGCGAUCACGGACUGUUCGUGGACGCAGGAGUCGUCUCUCGCCGUCUUAGAGAUGCCAGAGUUGCGCACUCUCCGUUACUCAGGUGCCAUGGCAACCAGGCACAUUAUCGAUGGCGACGUUUCUUUGGACGAAGUCCUUCUCGCCAUUGAGAAGCCACAGGUGAAGCCCCGGGAGGCUACUCUCAGAGAGCUUCUCACUUCGGUUGGCAACGUACGGAGCCUUUUGCUUUCACCCUGGUGCAUUGAGCAAUUUGCUCGGGCGGAGGAGGGGUUGAAGGUGCGGUUAGGCAGGGUGAGGCGGUUGUCAUGCGUAAUUGAGAGGAGGGAAGAAGGUGCUUUAUCCAUUGCACCAUUGCUCUCAAAUUGCCGGAAUGUUGAAGAGCUCUGUGUGUCUGUUGUGCCAUCGCAGGGCAAACGGAGACGGUGUAGUGAUGGAGAGUGCUGUGUGCCGCGUGGUAAGGGGGUGACAGUGAAGCAUCUCAAGGGAGUUAGUAUGCAGUACAUUGAUGAGAGCAAAAGUGGAUUAGAGCUGGUGAAGAUCCUGCUCAAGAAUGCCCCAGCAUUGGAGACAAUGAACAUCGUGCCUUCCAUGGAUGGCCUUGAGCAGGCCAAGUUUAGGCGCAGGGUGUUGAAGUUUAGGAAGUCCUCUCAGAAUGCCAGCAUCCAGUUUUGCACAGCUGGAUGAUGUGUAGUCCAUUAGCGAAGCCUAAUGUUGCAAUCCAGGAAAUAAGAAAUUAUUUGCCAACAGUAAAUGAGGUUCUUCCUCUCUUCGUCUGGUUACUUUAAUCUGUAUAUAGCUACUAACUACUGCUGAAAUUUCUUAGAUGAUUAAUGGAAUCAUUGCCAAGAUUCAUUUAGCUUGAUA